AAUUUUAUGCUAUUAUUUAUAAAGAAAAGUGCGGGAGACCAAUUUUCAAUAAUCAUAUGGCGCCAAACCUGCAGAGAAUUUAAGCUCAAAAAUCGAUGAACCGUAAGAGAAGAAAAAAGGGGAAAAAAAGCUCAAUCUCUGCAGCGAAAAUUGAAGUCUGUCGUCUCCUUUCCACUCAUGCAAUCCAAAAUCAGCGUCUUCUUCAAACCCUCGUCUUCGAUUUCUGCCCACAGGUCUACGGAAUCGCCCCUGAAUUCAGCCGCCGACGACGAUGGAGCAUUGAAGAUCUGGGAAAAGGCAGAGCAUCAAUACGUCAACACAUAUAAGCGCAGAACUUCCAGCUCCCACAGGAAUGUGAGAAGUCCAGAAUAUGUGAUUCCAGCGCCCAAAAAUCCCAUUCUGGAUGAUUCAUCUGUAAAUCUGGAGGUGGCUUCAUCAACCAAAACCGUGGUCAAGAACAAGAAAAGAAGCUACGCUCAGUACCAUUUACUUUUCGGCCAGUCUGAUUUUUUGCUCCAUUUUUGUCCAACCUGUGGGAUCAAAUAUGCUCGUGGGGACGAAGGGGAUGAAAAAUCUCAUAAAACAUUUCAUAAGAAUUACACAUGUGGAAUCCAGUUUAAGGGCUGGUCUCACGAAAGGGUUAUCAAUGUUACUUCUGAUGAAGGUGGUCGUAUUUUGUUGGUGUUGGAUUCUGACCCUUCUGCUCACAGAAACAAGGUUGAAGCGGUGGUGAAGAUGAUGGAAAAAGACCUGGGAAGUGGAUGGAUAUUGCAUAAGGACUGUCAGGUUUAUCUAUUUGUUUCUUCCCAAAGAAUUGUAGGAUGUCUAGUUGUAGAACCAAUAACGAAAGCUUUUAAAGUAGUCUCAUGUUUUCUGGACGAAAAACCUGACGAGUCUAAGAUGAAGGAUUCAAGACAAAGUUCAACUACCUUGCAAUUUGGGGAUAUCACUUUCCAGAGAGAAGCCAUUUUGAAGAAACCUACCAAAAAUCCCGAGGCACUCGAUAAGAACCUUAACGGUGCAAUUUUAUGUGAAGAAGAAGCCGUUCCUGCUGUUUGUGGAGUUCGUGCUAUUUGGGUUACUCCUGCCAACAGAAGGAAGCAUAUUGCCAGCCAAUUGCUAGAUGCUGCAAGGAAAAGCUUCUGCAAGGGAGUUGCCCUUGAGUGCUCUCAAUUGGCAUUCUCUCAGCCAACUUCUUGUGGAAUGGCAUUGGCAUCAAGAUAUGUAGGCUCCAGAUUUAUUUUGGUGUACAAAAGCAACACUCUAAUUUGAGGUAUUUUUAGCUUGACUGUUUAUAGGGCAAGCUGAUCAGUUGUCAAUAUUAUCCCAUUGUCAUAUCAACAGUUAAUUUCCAUAAGCUCUGUAUGUAGCGUUGUCGAAAGCAGACUUAAAAGAUUUGGGUCAAGAACGAAACAGAAAACAACUAUAAGAUGGUUUUUGAAAA